GAGUGAGCAAGCUCCAGGAGUUGGUGAAGGACAGGGAAGCCUGGCAUACUGCAGUCCAUAGGGUUGCAAAGAGCUGGGCAUGACUGAGCGACUGAACAACAAAAAGACCUAAGGAAUAAUUAGAGCAUUAGUAAUCUGUGGUACAAAAGCAAAUGGUCCAACAUGUGUGUACCUGGAGCCCCAGAAGGAAAGAGAGGCAACAGAUAGUUUUAGAAACAACUAUUCUAAACUUUCCAUCUUUGACAGAACUCUAAAUACUAAGGAACCUAGAAGAAACAUAACAAAAUCAAAUUGUUAAAAAUGAGUAAAAUGAGCAAAUCAUAACAAAAGCUGGAUAAACCAGCCGCAGUACAUGGGGAGGAACAAAGAUCAGAAUUACAACACACUUCUCCUUUGGAACUAUGCAAAUGGAAAACUAUAGAGUGGCAUCCUUAAAGUAUCAAAGAAGGAAAAUCGUUAACUCAGAAUUCUACACUCAGAAAAAAAUUUCUUUUAAAAAUGGAUGUGAAGUAAAUCCUUUUUCAGACAAGCAAGCUGAGACAGUUAAUCACUAGCAAAUCUGUAAUAAAAUAAAUGUUAUUGAGGUUGUUCAGAGAGAAGGGAAAUGAUACCAGAUGGAAAUUUGCAUCUACACAAAGGAAUACAUACCGCAGGAAAUAAAGUUAUGUGGAUAAACAUAAAAUGCAUUUUAUUCAUUUUGGUUUUCUUUAAAAGGAAUUGACAGUUCAGAAUAAUGUAAUAAUAUGCUAUUUUAAUGUAUGCUGCUUUUCCUCAGAUUUGAUGAGAAAAAUGGCUUAAUUUAUCUCAUUUUUUAAAUUCUCACAAGUAACUUGUGAAAGAACUGCAGAUUUUUCUCCCUUUUUACAGAAGAUGAAACUGAGUCAUAGCAACUGCCAGUUUCAUACAGCGAGUAAGUGUAGAAGCAAAAUUUGACCACAGGCAAUCAAGCUUUUCAGAGUCCAUCCCCUGAACUGUCAAGCUGCAAAUCAAAUAAAAUGUAAGAUUCUUAAUCUUACAUUUUAGUGUAUAUUUAGUGUACAUCUAGUGUAUAUAUGGGAAUCAAUUUAUUAAAUUCAAUUCAUAAACUUCUCCCUCAUGAUUCUUAUUUAGUAGAUCUGGGAUGAAUUUGAGAAUCUGUAUUUGGAAUCUGUAUUUUUAGCGAGCACUCCAGGUGGUCAUUUGUUGAAUCCAGUUUGAGAAACCCCAUUUUCUGUGACUUUAAGUUAAUUACUUCUCAGCACCUUUGUCUCCUAUUCAAAGGUGGUGUUCUUUUUAGGAUGAAAUGGAUGAUGGUGCCUGGCACACAGUCAAUUCUCUAAAAUAAGUUAGCUUGUUUUUAUUGUACUUAGUGGUUGAUGUAAUUUCCUAGGUUAUCAGUGGUGACUACUUUCAAUUCUAUAUUUCUGUCCUAGUGAAAUGAUAUUGUGUAAUAAGCAAAAGGUAUUUCAAAGUGAAAGAUACCUUUUUGCACGUGGACAUUGUUUUCCAACUUGAUUGUAUCAGGAAACACAGUGUGUUCCCCUCCGGCACAUUUCUGAAAUACCAGUUAGCUUAUUUACAGUUGGUAAAUAGAAUUAUGUUGAUAUAAUGUAGAAGUUAUAUAGCUUUGUAUGUCAUACAUUCUAGAUCAAGGGAGGCAGAAUAACACAAGGUAGAAUUAUAGACUUGGGGAGGAAAAGAAAUCCUCAGCUUUAAUACUAUCCCCUCAACAGGUGCCCUUUUGACUCAAUUCUAAGAAAAUUUAAAGAGUAAGUCCCUGUAUUCAGGGUCUCCUGUUUUGUGUGACUUUUAAAUAUUUGCCAAUUGUACUGCCCUAUAUGCCCAUUUCAGUGGCAAACCUUUGGACUCAGAACUUUGCCUUUCAACUAGAAUUUUUCCUACCAAUUCUAAUUAAAAUAUCCCCAGUGCUUCUAUUCAAUAUUUUAUUUGUUUGUUUUGUUUUUAACUCUGAGCUUGAUUGCUUGCCUGGGUGGUCCAAAUUAUAUUCCGGAGUACCAGUAUUAUUUUUUGUUAGUGAUCUGCUCCCAAAGUUUGCUUAUAUUUUGAAUGAUCUUCCCAGAAUGUGAUUUCCCCACCAGUACUAUUAUUUUAGGUAUGCCAUUGUGUCUGCAGUGUGAGGAUUGCAGGGUGCAUAUAUCUUCUCACAGAAUUUAAAACCUGCUUUAGGAACUUGAACAUCUCCUGGUUUGCAGUAUCUCAUAGUCUCUGGAAGAGACAGUGUGUUAAGUGGUCGAUAAAUGUAAAGUAACUAACGUUUCUUUAUCACUACUAGUGUUAUGUUUGUUUCUUAUUAUCCCAUUGUGUAAAGCCCACUUGAGGUACUUUUUAGGUUUGCAAGAUUUCUAACUUGUAUUCGAAUUUCUUCUAUACUUAUAUCAAAACAACCAAAAAAAGUACUUUAGUUCUUGGAUUAAAUUCAAGUUUAAGUUGGAUAAAAAGUACAUAAUAAUUUUAGACCUGGAAAUAGUAGACAAAUAAAAUCAUUCCUUCACUAUAGAGAGAUAUUUUCUACAAUAGUGAUUAUGAUUCUCAUAUUUGCCACCAGUUCUUGAAAGACUCCUGAAUGUUCAUUCAUUUUUCCAUGAGCUUUACUUGGAAUAUUACUAAAUCUUAAAAUAGUUGAUAAUUAUAACAUAAAUAAAAAUUUUAAAAAGAGGAGGAAAUCUGUGAAUGUCUUACAGAAUUCUCCAACAUAAGGGAUAUAAAAUCAAAUAAAUUCUUGUUACUACGGAUAAAUUUUCUUUUGAAAUCUCAAGACCAUCAUAUAAGUAUGGUUUUGCUAAAUGGUGGAGGAAUUUCUCUGGGGACCCAUUAUCUAAAUGCAACUACUUUAAAGACCAUAUGCUACAUUAGAUGCUUUCUUAAAAACAUACCCCUUGCUUUUAUUAUAGUUCCUGAUAUGCUUUUACUAAAAAUGAAACUUGAUCUGAUAAUCAUAAAAUCAUUUUAUGGAUAGAAGCAUUAUUGUUCAUAGCCAUUGAAUAUAUCAGUGGACGCCUUUUAGAAGUUUAGAAUUUUAAGUUAGAUUUAAUGAGCUUGAAUAAUAGUUUUAUUUUAAAUUGUUUCUUAGUUUUUAAAUUUACUCUUUAAAUAGUACAGGCUCUUUCACUUUUUAACUGCAUGAUUUUCAUCAAAUUACUUAAAUGAAUCUGAGUUAGCCUUUCUCUGAAGUGGAGAAAAUACAUGUGCCUAUUCUUGAGUUAUCCCAUUGGUUAAGUGUGAUAAUGUGUGAAGUGCUUGCCCAGUAACUGCUAUGCAGUACAUUUCCCAUAUGUAUUAGCUCUCAAUAUUUUUAUUAUCACCAUUAUUAAAUUUUAAAGUGAUUACUGUAUAUCUGGUGUCUUGCUCUUUGUAUUUACUAUGUUUUCAUAACCGAGGCAGUCAUGAUCUGCUGAGUGAUUUAGCAGUUUUAGCUGCUAUUGCAUGAAUUUAAUCUGAUUUCAUGGGAUGAAACAGAAUGAACACCAUGGUUCAUGGCUGUCAGUAGUGAAAAAUAGCUGGAAAUGAGACAAACAGCUUCAUUGCUGAGAUUGUUUCCGGGCUAAAAGUUCUUCCAACAGCUGUUUGUUUUGGCGAUUAAUUGCAUCCAUUCUUUUUUUUUUUAAGCUGGGGGAAAUACAAUUUUCUUUAAAAAGAGAAUAUAGGCUGAUGAUUUCUGAAGUCAGGAAGAAUGCCUGUCCUUCUGCUAUUGUGGUCUCUUGGCUGCUUUGACAGUUGGACUGAAGGGUUUCCCUUUUGUUCUUUUUCACUCACAAUGCUCAGACUCAGACUGCUCUAGUGAGAAGAAAGAGUAAAUCUAGGAGCUCUUUAAUCCUAGAGAAAGAGCUCUGUAGCAGUUACCUUCAAGAAAGUUUUCCUCCCCAAAGGAGUAUUUAAUAUUACAUGGGCAGUGACGCACUGAACAGAAGAGAGAGAAUGAAUAUAUGAGAGAAUGAAAACAUGAGAAUUCAAGCCAGCAAGAAAGAAACUUAACUAAAGAUGAAGGGGAAUUUUGCCUCUUCCUGAAAGUUAUAUUAUUAGUUUUUUUUUUUUUAAUCAUGAUGACUGCUAGUUUUGUUUAAAGUAUUUAUUCUGGAAAUACUAAAGUUGGAGUCUACCAGACUGAGGUUAGAAGCAUUUUCUUUGGCAGCAAGAAGAUACUUUUAUAUGAAGCCAUGCCUGUAGUUGGGGUUGCCUCAAAACUAAGGCAGCCAGCUGUUGGGUCAAAGCCUGUUCAUACUGCUCUUCUGAUACCAAAUCUUGGCACGACUGGGUCACAGCGCUCUUCUUCGAGACCUCUGGAGCUUACCGAAUUAGAGAGCUCAGUGCUUUCUUGUCAGCUCGCCUUCAAAUCCAACUGUGAAUUUGCAGAGAAGAAACUCCUCCAAGGAAAAGCUAAGGAGACAGAAGACAGCAAGAUUUACACAGACUGGGCCAACCACUACCUUGCAAAAUCGGGCCACAAGCGGCUGAUCAAGGAUUUGCAACAAGACAUUGCAGAUGGAGUACUGCUAGCAGAAAUCAUCCAGAUCAUUGCAAAUGAAAAAGUUGAAGAUAUCAAUGGAUGUCCUAGGAGUCAAUCUCAGAUGAUUGAAAAUGUUGAUGUCUGCCUUAGUUUUCUAGCAGCCAGAGGAGUAAAUGUUCAAGGCCUAUCUGCUGAAGAAAUAAGAAAUGGAAACUUAAAAGCCAUUCUAGGGCUGUUUUUCAGUUUGUCUCGCUACAAGCAGCAGCAGCACCACCAGCAACAGUAUUACCAGUCCUUGGUGGAGCUGCAACAGCGGGUCACCCACGCCUCCCCUCAAGCAGAAGCCAGCCAGGCCAAAACCCAGCAAGAUAUGCAGUCCAGUCUGGCAGCCAGAUAUGCAACUCAGUCUAAUCACAGUGGAAUUGCAACCAGUCAAAAAAAGCCUACUAGGCUUCCAGGUCCCUCUAGGGUGCCAGCUGCAGGCAACAGCAGCAAGGUCCAGGGAGCCUCCAAUUUAAAUAGGAGAAGUCAGAGCUUUAACAGCAUUGAUAAAAACAAGCCUCCAAAUUAUGCAAAUGGGAAUGAAAAAGAUUCCUCCAAAGGACCUCAGCCAUCUUCAGGGGUAAAUGGUAACAUCCAGCCUCCCGGAACGGCGGGGCAGCCCCCGGCCUCCGCCAUCCCUUCUCCGAGCACCAGCAAGCCUUGGCGCAGCAAGUCCAUGAAUGCCAAGCACAGCGCCACCUCCACCAUGCUCACCGUGAAGCAGGCCAGCCCAGCCGCCUCUCCCACACCGUCUGCAGACAGACUGAAGCCCCCUGCCUCAGAAGGGGCCAAAACAGCUCCCUCAGGACAGAAAUCCAUGCUUGAGAAAUUCAAGCUGGUCAAUGCCCGGACCGCUUUACGCCCCCCGCAGUCUGCCAGUUCAGGACCCAGUGAUGGCGUGAAGGAAGACGAUGCCUUUUCUGAAUCUGGUGAAAUGGAAGGUUUGAACAGUGGUCUCAACAGCGGUGGUUCAACAAACAGCAGCCCCAAAGUGUCACCGAAAUUAGCCCCUCCGAAAGCUGGAAGCAAAAAUCUCAGCAAUAAAAAGUCUUUGCUACAGCCAAAGGAAAAAGAGGAAAAGAACAGGGACAAAAGUAAAGUUUGUACUGAAAAGCUGGUCAAGGACGAGAAAGAUCAGAUGAUGGAGACAGCUCCAAAAAAGACCUCUAAAAUUGCAAGCUUAAUCCCAAAGGGUAGCAAGACGACAGCAGCCAAGAAGGAAAGCUUAAUCCCCUCUUCCAGUGGAAUUCCAAAGCCGGGCUCUAAAGUGCCAACAGCAAAGCAGACUGUUUCACCUGGCAACUCUGCAAGCAAAGAGUCUGAAAAGUUCAGGACUACCAAGGGAAGCCCUUCCCAGUCCUUCCCUAAGCCCGUAACCACUGAGAAAGCAAGCACAUCGAGUUGCCCCGCUCCCUUGGAAGGAAGGGAAAGCAGCCACGCUUCUCUGGCAGGUUCCUCUGUUGGUUUAGUGGUGCAAGGCAGUGGGCAGAGCAUGGGAAAUGGUGCUGUCCACCUCCCUCAGCAGCAGCAACACAGCCACCCAAAUACCGCCACUGUGGCUCCGUUCAUCUAUAGAGCUCAUUCAGAAAAUGAAGGUACCUCUUUACCAUCUGCCGACUCCUGUACCAGUCCUACUAAGAUGGACUUAUCAUACAGUAAGACAGCUAAGCAGUGCCUAGAGGAGAUAUCUGGUGAAGACCCUGAAACAAGAAGAAUGAGAACAGUUAAAAACAUAGCAGACUUGAGGCAGAACUUAGAAGAGACGAUGUCCAGUCUUCGUGGGACCCAGAUAAGCCACAGCACCCUGGAGACAACAUUUGACAGCACCGUAACAACGGAGGUGAACGGCAGGACCAUACCCAACUUGACAGGCCGGCCCACCCCCAUGGCCUGGAGGCUGGGCCAGGCGUGCCCUCGACUUCAGGCUGGAGAUGCUCCGUCGCUGGGUGCCGGCUACCCUCGCAGCGGUACUGGGAGAUUCAUCCACACAGACCCCUCAAGGUUCAUGUACACUACGCCUCUCCGUCGAGCGGCUGUCUCUCGACUGGGAAACAUGUCACAGAUUGACAUGAGUGAGAAAGCAAGCAGUGACCUGGACAUGUCUGCUGAAGUCGACGUUGGUGGAUACAUGAGCGAUGGUGAUAUCCUCGGGAAAAGUCUCAGGACCGAUGACAUCAACAGUGGGUACAUGACGGAUGGAGGGCUCAGCCUGUACACGAGGAGUCUGAACCGAGGCCCAGACACAGCAGCUUCCAGGGACGCCAUUCAGAGGGGACUGCAUGAUGUGGCCGUGGACGCAGACAGCUGGGAUGACAGCAGCUCCGUGAGCAGUGGCCUCAGCGACACCCUGGAUAACAUCAGCACCGAUGACCUGAACACCACAUCCUCUGUCAGCUCUUACUCCAACAUCACUGUCCCAUCCCGAAAGAACACUCAGCUGAAGACCGAUUCAGAGAAACGAUCUGCAACAGAUGAGCCUUGGGAGAGCACCGAGGAGCUGAAAAAACCCGAGGAGGACUUUGACAGCCAUGGGGAUGGAGGUGGCAAGUGGAAGGGUGUUUCCUCUGGACUUCCUGAAGACCCUGAGAAGACGGGGCAGAAAGCCUCCCUGGCUGUUUCUCAGACAGGCUCCUGGAGGAGAGGCAUGUCAGCCCAAGGAGGAGCGCCAUCCAGGCAGAAAACUGGGACCAGUGCACUCAAGACACCUGGGAAAACCGACGAUGCCAAAGCUUCUGAGAAAGGAAAAAGUCCCCUGAAAGGAUCAUCUCUACAGAGAUCUCCAUCGGAUGCAGGGAAGAGCAGUGGAGAUGAGGGGAAAAAGCCCCCCUCGGGCAUUGGAAGAUCAACGGCCACUGGCUCUUUUGGAUUUAAGAAGCCAAGUGGAGUCGGGUCCUCUGCCAUGAUCACUAGCAGUGGAGCCACCAUAACCAGCGGCUCAGCCACGCUGGGCAAAAUCCCCAAAUCCGCUGCCAUUGGUGGGAAGUCAAACGCAGGGAGGAAGACCAGCUUGGAUGGGUCACAGAAUCAGGACGAUGCUGGGCUGCACGUCAGCUCCAAAACCUCCCUGCAGUACCGCAGCCUGCCCCGCCCGUCCAAAUCCAGCGCCAGUGGCAUUCCCGGCCGAGGCGGCCACAGAUCCAGCACCAGCAGUAUCGAUUCCAAUGUGAGCAGCAAGUCAGCUGGUGCCACCACCUCGAAACUGAGAGAACCCACGAAGAUCGGCUCAGGGCGCUCGAGUCCCGUCACGGUCAACCAGACCGACAAGGAGAAAGAGAAGGUUGCCGUCUCAGAUUCAGAGAGCGUUUCUUUGUCAGGUUCCCCCAAAUCCAGCCCCACAUCUGCUAGUGCCUGCGGGACACAAGGGCUCAGGCAGCCGGGGUCCAAAUACCCUGACAUUGCCUCGCCAACUUUUCGAAGGUUGUUUGGUGCCAAGGCAGGCGGCAAAGCUGCCUCGGCACCUAAUACUGAGGGUGUGAAAUCCUCCUCUGUAAUGUGCAGUCCUAGUACCACAUUAGCGCGGCAAGGCAGUCUGGAGUCGCCGUCGUCCGGUACGGGCAGCCUGGGCAGUGCUGGCGGGCUCAGUGGCGGCAGCAGCCCUCUCUUCAAUAAACCCUCAGACCUCACUGCAGAUGUUAUAAGCUUAAGCCACUCGUUGGCGUCCAGCCCGGCGUCGGUCCACUCUUUCACGUCAGGCGGCCUCGUGUGGGCUGCCAAUCUGAGCAGUUCCUCUGCGGGCAGCAAGGACACCCCAAGUUACCAGUCCAUGACUAGCCUCCACACGAGCUCGGAGUCCAUUGACCUCCCCCUCAGCCACCACGGCUCCCUAUCUGGACUGGCCACAGGCACUCACGAGGUGCAGAGCCUGCUCAUGAGAACUGGUAGUGUGAGAUCUACUCUCUCAGAAAGCAUGCAGCUUGACAGAAAUACACUACCCAAAAAGGGACUAAGAUACACCCCGUCGUCUCGGCAGGCCAGCCAGGAAGAAGGCAAGGAGUGGCUGCGCUCCCAUUCCACUGGAGGGCUGCAGGAUGCUGGCAGCCAGUCACCCCUGGUGUCCCCUUCUGCCAUGUCGUCUUCUGCAACAGGAAAAUAUCACUUUUCCAACUUGGUGAGCCCAACCAAUCUUUCUCAGUUCAACCUUCCUGGGCCCAGCAUGAUGCGCUCAAACAGCAUCCCAGCCCAAGACUCGUCCUUUGAUCUCUAUGACGACUCCCAGCUUUGUGGGAGUGCCACGUCUCUGGAGGAGAGGCCACGGGCCAUCAGUCAUUCAGGCUCAUUCAGGGACAGCAUGGAAGAAGUUCACGGCUCCUCACUAUCACUGGUCUCCAGCACGUCUUCUCUUUACUCUACGGCUGAAGAAAAGGCUCAUUCAGAGCAAAUCCAUAAACUACGGAGAGAGCUGGUUGCAUCACAAGAAAAAGUUGCCACCCUCACAUCUCAACUUUCAGCAAAUGCUCAUCUCGUAGCAGCUUUCGAAAAGAGUUUAGGGAAUAUGACUGGCCGACUGCAAAGUCUAACCAUGACAGCGGAACAGAAGGAGUCUGAACUGAUAGAACUAAGAGAAACCAUUGAAAUGCUGAAGGCCCAGAACUCUGCUGCCCAGGCAGCCAUUCAGGGAGCACUGAAUGGUCCUGACCACCCUCCCAAAGAUCUCCGCAUCAGAAGACAGCAUUCCUCUGAAAGCGUCUCUAGCAUUAACAGUGCCACAAGCCAUUCCAGCAUUGGCAGUGGUAACGAUGCUGACUCCAAGAAGAAGAAAAAGAAAAACUGGGUGAACUCUAGAGGAAGUGAGCUGAGAAGCUCAUUCAAACAAGCCUUUGGGAAGAAAAAGUCCACCAAGCCUCCUUCCUCACAUUCGGACAUUGAAGAGCUUACAGAUUCGUCCCUUCCGGCAUCCCCCAAGUUGCCCCACAACGGGGGUGACUGUGGGUCAGCCUCCAUGAAGCCCUCGCAGUCGGCCUCUGCGAUCUGUGAAUGCACAGAGGCUGAGGCAGAGAUAAUUCUGCAGUUGAAGAGUGAGCUCAGAGAAAAGGAAUUAAAAUUAACAGAUAUUCGGCUGGAGGCCCUCAGCUCUGCACAUCAUCUCGAUCAGAUCCGGGAAGCCAUGAACCGGAUGCAGAAUGAGAUUGAAAUCCUGAAGGCCGAGAAUGACCGGCUGAAGGCGGAGACGGGGCACGUCGCGAAGCCCGCUCGGCCCCCGUCCGAGUCCGCCAGCAGCACCUCCUCCUCCUCCUCUCGCCAGUCCUUAGGCCUCUCGCUAAACAAUCUGAACAUCGCGGAGUCCGUCACCUCAGAUAUUUUGCUGGAUGAUCCUGGUGAUGCAACUGGACAUAAAGAUGGCCGCAGUGUGAAAAUUAUAGUCUCCAUAAGCAAGGGCUACAGUCGAGCAAAGGAUCAGAAGUCUCAGGCAUAUUUGAUAGGAUCCAUUGGUGUUAGUGGAAAAACCAAGUGGGAUGUCCUAGAUGGUGUAAUUAGACGUCUCUUUAAGGAAUAUGUGUUCAGAAUUGAUACCUCCACUAGCCUUGGUCUGAGCUCUGACUGCAUUGCCAGCUACUGUGUAGGAGAUUUAAUUAGAUCCCAUAGCCUAGAAGUGCCUGAGCUGCUGCCUUGUGGAUACCUUGUUGGUGAUAAUAACGUCAUCACUGUGAACCUGAAAGGGGUAGAAGAAAACAGUUUGGACAGUUUUGUUUUUGAUACUCUGAUUCCUAAACCAAUUACCCAAAGAUACUUUAACUUGUUGAUGGAGCAUCACAGAAUUAUACUCUCAGGACCUAGUGGUACUGGAAAGACCUACUUAGCACACAAACUUGCUGAAUAUGUAAUAACCAAAUCUGGGAGGAAAAAAACAGAGGAUGCAAUUGCCACUUUUAAUGUGGACCACAAGUCUAGUAAGGAAUUGCAACAGUAUCUAGCUAACCUGGCUGAACAAUGCAGUGCUGAUAAUAAUGGUGCAGAGCUUCCAGUUGUAAUAAUUCUAGAUAAUCUUCAUCAUGUGGGCUCUUUGAGUGAUAUCUUCAAUGGUUUUCUCAACUGUAAAUACAAUAAAUGUCCAUAUAUUAUUGGAACAAUGAAUCAGGGAGUUUCUUCGUCACCAAAUUUAGAGCUACAUCACAAUUUCAGGUGGGUACUAUGUGCAAACCACACAGAGCCAGUGAAAGGCUUUUUAGGCAGAUAUCUUCGAAGGAAACUGAUAGAGAUGGAAAUUGAAAGGAACAUUCGCAAUAAUGACCUAGUCAAAAUUAUAGACUGGAUUCCCAAGACGUGGCAUCAUCUCAACAGUUUUUUGGAAACACACAGUUCUUCUGAUGUUACAAUUGGCCCUCGACUUUUCCUUCCUUGUCCCAUGGAUGUAGAAGGUUCUAGAGUAUGGUUCAUGGAUCUCUGGAACUAUUCUUUGGUACCUUAUAUUCUGGAGGCAGUGAGAGAAGGUCUGCAGAUGUAUGGAAAACGAGCACCUUGGGAAGAUCCCUCCAAAUGGGUGCUUGAUACAUACCCAUGGAGCUCAGCAUCUCUGCCUCAGGAAGGCCCAGCAUUACUUCAGCUGCGACCAGAAGAUGUUGGGUAUGAGGGCUGUGUAUCCACGAAGGAAGCUACAACCUCAAAGCACAUUCCACAGACUGACACAGAGGGGGACCCCCUGAUGAAUAUGCUGAUGAAACUCCAAGAAGCAGCCAAUUACCCGGGCACGCAAAGCUGCGACAGCGAUAGCACCAGCCAUCAUGAAGACAUUCUGGAUUCGUCUCUUGAAUCUACCCUCUAGAGGGUGAAAAAAAAAGUUAGGGGAAAAGACUAUGCUUAAAAAAAAAAAAAAAAAAAAUGUUUGAAAAGUAAGGUAUUUUCAUGAAACCACUGCCAGUAUGAAAGCAUCCUGUCAGGGCCCUGACCCAGAGUUGUGGUCUCCAAGGAGGCAGCAAAACUAAGUCUGAAGCACCAAGAUGCUCAGUUGACACGGAAGCGUAACUUGCUUUUCUUUCUAGGCAUUUUUUUUUUUUUUAAUCUCUGUGGAGUGAUGUAAGGCUCCAAUACUCAACUGGAAAGGACCCUAAUGAUAGGGCCACUGAAGAUUGCACAUGGGUUAGCCAAACUGGACUUUCUGUUUUUUCUCUUUAGAAGUUUACAAUGCAGACCUUUUUUUCCUUUCUUUUUUUUUUUUUUGUAGUUCCUUCUCUGGUUUCCUCUGAGGGGCUGUUCCCCCCAAGCAGGAUCCACUCUUCUGAUCCGUCCAACCUCUUUUGUGCCACAAGGUGCUGGUUGCGGAGCCCCAGUAGCGUUUGUGUUGUGCGCUCACCCCAUUCCAAAAUGAAGAGGCCAGGCCUCUGCAAGCACAAGUGGAAUUGUGCGACCCCCCAGGGAAACACUGCUGUGGCCAGCUGGAGAUGGGCCAGCGUCACUCUCAGCUGCGGUGAUCACAGGCUGUGCUUCACCCACGCUUCAGUGUCUGAGUCACAGGUUUGAUAAGGUUGUUUUUCCCACUGUGGUCUUUUGAAACCACCUGCCCAUUCCCUUAAAAAAAAAAUAAUAAUAAGUUUUAUACCAAUUAUUAGUCCACACUGACAACAGGCUUUUUAGGGCUUUGUUUGUUUGAGCCUCGUCAGUGAAAAGAAGGAACAUUUCCUAUGGUGCUGUCCCACUGCCUUAAGCCGAUUUCUACAACAGUUUAACCGUUGGUUUAAAUCCUGAACCACUGGUCGUUUCCACUGUCUUCACUUACAACACCAGUUAACACAGUAGCCUCAUCUCUAUUUUUGUGUUUGUUUUUGAAGAAAUGGAUAGGAGAAAGAUCAGUAUUUUUACCUUGUGAAUAGAUUGCUUUGCCUAUCCUCCAAAAGACUCAAGUAACCCAGAAACCCUCUUUGACUGUCAUUUACAAGCUAAGCCAUGUGGCUAUCUUCCAUCCAGUUCUAGGGGAAAGAGUUUCAGAAGGCGGGAGAUGGUGAAUUCUUAUCCAGCAGAGCUGGAAGCACUAGAUGCAGCAUGAGCACAGCUAUUCGGCUUUUCUCUCCUAUUCUUUUUUUUUUUUUUAAUUAUUAUGAGUUUUGAGCAUGUUGUUUUGAUGGGUGUUAUUGUACAUGAGAAAUUCAGCAUUCGAGAACACUGAAGCAGUGAAGUCACUGUGGAUGAGAAAGCAUUUAUACUGUAAAAGAAGGUUAGAUUUGCACAGUCUACUGGGUAGGUAUUGUAAAUAAUCACUUAAAAAACUUGCACAAGUCAAAACAAACACACACACACACAAAUUGUAUUUUAUCCUGUGGGUGUUAAGAGAUGUUUCACUUGCUGAGAUUUCCUGUACGUUGCAAACAAAUACAGAAUGCAGACCCUCAAUGCUGUUGUUACCUGGUGUGUUUGUCCUGUAUUUACAGUUGUGAUGACCAUGCAGGAGCUAUCAGUGCUAGAGUGAGCAUGCUUCAAAACUGUCCAUGAAGCCAAAUACAUGUUUGGAAAAGUAAAAAUGUCUGAAAGUGCAUCUGUCAUGGCGGGCUUUCAAGAGAGUGCAUGAGAGCUGACGGGAGUGACUGAAGUUCCCACCGCGCAGAGAGGACAGGUUUGAAACGAAUCACCCCAAGGGCCAGGCCACGGUGUAGACUUGUUCCAUGCGUGUGAAAAUGUGCUACUUCAGGACGUUCAAUUGGUGCUACUCUCUGUGACCACCCACGGGUCAGUUGCUGUAGAACAAUAACAGCGCGAGACAUCGCUGCAGUCGUCAGAGUGUCGCUCGUCUGUAGGUCCUCCACGGUGCUAGUGCCCCAAGGGAAAUCGGAACUGAACUGUGCGCCUAGAAAGGGCACCCUGACUUCGAAGCCUCAAACGUGGAUCGCGUCUGUGGUGAAACGUCGAUAUGCGUAGCUGGAUGCGUGACUAGUGGCCCUUGUACAAUAUGUGAUCUAAGAAAAUCGCUAAUCUUUCCCUGCCAUUUUGAGAACCACAGUUCAAACAUGAUCAUUAAACAGAAAUUCCUGCAAUACAUCCCAGUAGGUCCGCCUAGUUUACAACUUAAACUAGUUUGUGAAACAUUUGUCUGUAUACAUUUUAUAUUUUGUACAUUUUUGAUGUAACAUACCAUGUAAAUAGAAACAGUGAAAUAAAUCAUCUGAAAAGUUUUGUAGUCUUUGUAAAGCCCCGGCAGCAACUACUUGGUGUCCGUGGACUUAACUGGGUGAUGUAUUUUCUAUUGGUUGAUUGUUCCUCUAGCUUGUAAACCAGCUUGCAUAUAUUUUUUUGCAAAUGUGCACCCUGUAUCUGUCUAAAUUAUUACUUUGCCAUUAAAGUGGAAUUAUUUAUUGACAA